CCGGAAUGAUUCACCUUUCGCAGCCACUCUGGCUCGCCCCAACUCCGGAUCUGGGCGGAGGGGCCGGAGGGCGUGAUUCCCCACCCCUUGCGGACUUCGAACGGAGUCGGGACAGGGUGGCGCCGGAACAGGAGUAGUCUCUCCUGGACACCAGCUUAGUGGGUUCGAGUUCUGCAAAAAUGCGCGCCCUGCCGACCCUGGACUCGCUUGCCAGACUGCGGCCACCUCUCGGGGACCCCAGGACAGCGGAAGACAGUCUCACCCCGCGGCCAGCGCACAAGAGCGCUGUGGAGAGACUGGCAGCGGACCGCGCCAAGUAUGUUCGCAGCACGCUGGGAUCGAGCCGGGGUCCUGUAUCCGAACACAAGGUCCCUGAGGCCCCAGGGGUGCAGCACCGCAACCCGAUCCCUUCGGCUCUGACUCCUGCUCCUGUAGCCCGCAGGGCUAUCGCUCGAAAGCCUCUGAGACCUGAUUCAUUGGUCAUCUAUCGGCAGAAAUGUGAAUUCGUACGAGGGUCAGAUGCAGACUGUUCCAGAGUGGGACUGAUGAAGAAGCUUUUCCAGGGGUCUGGCAAGGACAAAAUGGCUGUGGCCCCUGAGACGCCCGGGGUAGCCAAUGAGAAUAAGAAGAAGGAAACAGAGGCCACUUGGACUAAGUCGAGCCAGACAGCAGCCGCUAGCUUUAUGUUACCACCUCCUGUCGUAGCCGUGAAGUCCCCAGCCUUGCCUUUUGAAGCGGCUCCCAGGGUUCCUGUCGGACGCUCCGGCUUGGAGCUGCGGGUGUCGCGUAGCAAAGGAUUGCAGCGCUCCCAGUCAGAUCUCAGCUCCCGAUACUCGAUAGCCAGGGCUGAGUCCGACACCUUCUUCCAGUAUUGUGGCCUGGACCCUGAUGUAGUGGAAGCUCUCGGGAGGGAGAACUUCUCUGCUGGAUCCGACUGUGUUACUUUCAAAGUGCGUAGCGUGAGCAUGGCUACUUCUGAUAGUAGCUUCUCCAGGCACAGCGAGGACGAGGACGGGUUGCAGGAAGAGGAACUCCUGGAGCAGGUGCCUAGCACCACCUCUGUAGUAGAAAGGAACGCCCGUAUUAUAAAGUGGCUGUUUACCUGCAAGAAGGCCAAAGAAACCCCCAGCCAGAAAUUGCAGGGACCUGCCUGAUUGACAUUUGAUCCAGGAUGCAAACCUCCCUGGUGAUGGAUGGACCCUUAAGUUGUAGGCGUCUGAGACUCCAGAGCCAUGUGUUUGGUGUAUCCCAACAAUACAUAAUUGCUGCUGUCCUAGGAAUAAAGCACUCUGUUGAUAAGGCUUAUCUAUUAGCCUUGAUGGCGUGCUGCGGGGAAGAUGGAAGGACAGAUAUUAGAGACCGUGGGACUCAUUCUCCUUGUAAGAUGACAUCUCAAAAGGGCAGCUGAAGAAACAGCAGAUGUUGGCAUAUGUUUUCAGGACAUUUGUUGAUCUGACUUAAUGACAGUUUCUGCAGUGUGUUUUGAUAAUAUUUAAUAUUAGUAAAUCAAAUAUAUAGGUAUUUUUAAAGAAAAGAAGAAAGUAUGAAAUCAAGCAUGGAUACAAUGGUAUUCUCCUUUCAACUAAUUUAUACCACUUAAUGUUCUGUGAGCACAAAGAGCUAUGAUUAGUCUAUGUCAGUGCUGCGGCUGAGACAAUCACCCAACACACACACUGGUUUCCAAGCCUCCCUAUAAAUAAACUUCAGUUAUUCCUAUAUUACAACUGAUAGUAUUUUGUAAUGAUUUGGGCAGGACAUUUAAAAUCAUUUAAGGGAUUCAUAUUCAUUUUGUUAAAGCCAGUUUCUCCUUGGCCAUAAGUAUGUGGAAGCACCCAUUGAGAGGGUCAUGAGGAUUGAGGUCCUGAUAAAAGAAGUACUGUUUUGUACUUAACAGUCUCUUGAGAUUUAGCCAAUAUUUAUGGAGACUUUCUAUUAGCUCUUUAACAAUAAUUCCAAUAGAAUGUGCUCAGUAACACCCUUCUUCUUACCUUAUAAAGGAGAUAGAAACUGGUUCACCAUGUAAUGCCUGUGUCUGGUUCCACUUCACAUACCAUGGAAUUGCCUAGGUUUGGCAUCGACCCAUUGUUUGCAGAGGAUGUGUUUUGAAGCAAACCUCUGGGGUCUGAGAGGUUCUGCAUUCUAAGUAAGGUCAACACGAAACUGGAAACCUGGCUUUAAACUUGCUGUGACACUCAAAGUAAAAGAACCUUAGAUUCAGAAUCUUCUGAGAGAAAUUACCUGUGAACAACAACCCAAAGAAAAAUUGUCAGUCUACUCUGUCAAAGUUUGCUAUAUUUUAUCAAAACAUAUUUCUCUAAUUACAAAAUCAUAUGUGACAUGAGCGAAGAGUAUGGAAGAAAUUUCUCAAGGCUAAUAUUUUGUGUCACAGCAUUUUGGAAUGUCCCUGCACAUAGUUUUUAGACGAUAUAUUAUGUAACUUUUAUUGUAAGAGUAGGUUUUUCGAGUUAUAAAAUAUUUAUUUUUGUAGUAGCUAGUCCUCAGGUGUUUUUUUUUUUAUUUCACAUGGCUUCUCUUUCAUCAGUUCAUCUUAAAAUAAUUUUCUCUUUUGUCAUCUUUUCAUACAUAUUGUUGAUUCGAAUGCUUAUUAUUGUUUUGCAAGUGGAGCUCUGUGGAGCUUGUUUCAGAUACAUCAUGGAUGGUCAUUCUUGGGGUUCUUUCUCUCAAGCAGCUCAGGAAGUGUGUCCUGUGCCACUUGGUAGUGCUGCUGCUUUCAUCACUGUAUUGUACUUAAUCUUAAAAGUUGUCACAGUGACAGCAAUUUGUAAAAGAUCUUUCGAUAUGUGCAAUUCAUUUUUUUUUUCAGGUAUCCCAUUGGUUUUACAUGUGAGUGUCUUGAAUAAAGACUUUGGGGCCAGAGAGAUACUCAGCAGUUAAGAGGGCAUGGGAUUUAUACUUUUCCCUCUCUGGAAGUGAGUAAGUGACUGCUGCAAAGAAGAGUGUGUAAGAAUGUAAUGAAAUGUUUUGGAAAGAAGAAAGAGAAAGCAAUGAUAGUCACUUGAAAGUGGCCUUUUGAACUGCUCUGUGAGAAUGCCGUAGCGAAUGCAAAUAUUUAUUAUAUAUAUGACUCUUUCACUGGACUCUUGUCCCAGGGGUUCAGAGUUUAUAACCAUGCUAUAGCUGGUGCUUCCUGGAUCUUGAUUUGUAACUUUCAUCAGGUGAGGUAACCCUGGGGUGAGAAUAUGUUUCCUGCGUCCCUCCUAAUUGUAUCUUUGCCUUGCAAAAUUGUUAAUUUCCUUGAAAGGGAAUCUUUCCAAGCCUUGCCCAGAGGAGAUGCACAGUGUUUGAAGUCUUCAGCUCUCCUGUAGAUGGGUUACAGUAAAACUAUUUAGACUAUCUA